GAAUGUAUGAUAGAAGUGGGUGGCUACCAGAGUACCAGAGCAACACUACCUUGCUGGUGUUGAAGGAAGACGAGGUGGUUUCACACAACCCAUGGUAUGAGGACCAGGAGCAGCCAGAGGGCCUGCAGCAGGUGACUGUGGGAGAGUGUGCUCUUCUACCCUGUCUGCUCCCACACCCACCUUCUUCUCUGGAUGCCAUCCGAGUCUACUGGCAAACAGCACUCACAGACCUGGUGGUUCACGUCUUCAACAAAGGCCAGGAGGAGUUUACACAUCAGUCCCCCACCUACCACAGCAGGACCAGGCUCUUCACCAGCCAACUGCCGAUUGAGCCAGAGCAUGGUGAGGGACCUCAGCAUCACCCUCUGAUGGCAGAAGAGGAGAGGGAGGGAGAGAUGAGUAACAGAGGAGAGGAGGAAGGGCAGGUAGAGGAGAAUGAAGGAGAAGACAAAAGAGAGGAGAUCAACAGGGAACCAUAUAAAAAGCAAGGAAAAAAUAUCAGGUUAAAAUUUAAUAAAAGUAACUUCCUGGUAUAUAUAUUAUUAUUUCUAUUCUGGUUAGUAGUGUGUUAUGGACAUGACAUAAGAGUGAUGCUUUUAGGAAAUGUUUAGUAAGUAGAACUCAGUGUUUGUCUUUUGUUGAGAUGUAUUACAGACCCCGAAGUUCUUUGUUGUUAUUAUAUUUUAUUUUUAGUAUAUUUUAGAAAAUGUUCUUCCGCCUUGAGUGCAAUAUUUCUGGCCGGCUAGUCAGCUUCAUUGGGAUAACACGGCAAAGGAGGAUGCUAACAUUUAAAGCAAGAGCUGGGGAAUUUGAGUUCUUCUUCUCAGCAAAUAUAUAUUUUUCAGAAAUGGCAUCUUUAUAUUAUUAUUAUUAUUAUUAUUAUUAUUAUAAAUAUUAUUAUUAUGGGAAUACUAUGUUUCAAAGCAAUAUGUCAGAACAGAAAACACUGUUUGGCAAGUAGAUUGGUAAAAUAGUUAGAUAAGUAAGAUUAGUAUAAGUAGUAGCACCACCACCCCCACACCCAUACCCAUCUAAAAACAAACCCUGUGGUAAACAUCUGAUUGAUUUAGGAUUAUGUAAACAGUAUGCAAGAAAUAUACAAUUGCAUAAACGUACACAUUGUUGCCCAGAAGAAAAAUAAAAUACACAGAAUAUGUUUUAAACAGCGAGACAAAAGUUAUGGACAAAUUGCUACAUGGUUAGCAUUCAGCAUAUUUGCGUUCACGUUAUGAUUUUACACAAUGUUAUGUUUGUAUGUGUGUGAAAGAACGACACUAGAUUAGUUAUAUUAACCUGCUGUACCUUUAUUGUUAGCUUUGAUGUUAGGCACGUGAGUAACUAAA